AUGGCCGCUGAACAGGCCAACGGUGGAGAGAAGCCCGCGGUGCUCAUAAUAGGCGGAUUGGGCUAUACUGGACGCCACCUGACAAAGUACAUUUACGACAACAAGCUCGCUUCCGAAAUACGCAUUGUCGACAAGCAUCUGCCAGAGCUUGCAUGGCUCGCCCCAGAAUUCAAGGAAGCAUGUUCAAGAGAGCGCUUCAUCCAGGCCGAUGCCGCGCAAGAGAAAUCCCUUCCGCGGAUAUUCGAUCGUGAAGGCGGCGCACAGUUUGACUAUGUCUUCAACUGCGGCGGCGAGACGCGCUUCUCCCAAGAGGAAAAGGUCUACGAACUCCGCUCCUACGGCCUCUCCAUGGCUCUCGGCCGAGAGGCUGCGAAACGCAAAGUCAAAGUCUUUGUCGAGCUGAGCACCGGCAUGGUUUACAAGCCCGAUAGCACACCCCGCAAAGAGACGGACAAGACGAAGCCGUGGUCCAAUCUGGCAAAAUGGAAGCUCAAGGCCGAGGAAGAUCUGGCCAAGAUUGACGGUCUGAACCUGAUGGUGCUGAGGUUUGCACAUGUCUACGGUCCUUAUACGAGCAAGUUUCUGAGCACAGCGUUAUGCAUGGCCCGCGUCUACCAGAGCAAGGGCAAGGAAAUGCGUUUCCUAUGGAAGGAGGACUUGCGCACAAACUUGGUACAUGUUGAAGAUUCUACACGGGCACUUUGGCACGGCGCGGAGUGGUAUGCCAAGGGUACUCCUGGUCGCCGGCCGGCACCUGUCUUCAACAUUGUGGAUCAUGGCAACACUGCACAAAAACAGACAGCCCAGAUCAUUGGCGAGAUAUUCAAGAUGGAGACGGGCUUCCACGGUACCCUCAUCUCCGCUUUUGCAAGACUCAACCUUGAUCACGUAGUCGACGACGUCAACGACGAGACUCUGGACCCAUGGGCGGAACUGCAGCAGAAGGCUGGCAUCAGCCAAUCUACACCACUUACCCCGUACAUGGAGAAGGAACUCAUUAAGGAUGCAGACCUCAGUAUGGACGGAAGCGCCUUUGAACGCGAGACGGGAUUCAAAUACAACAUUGAGAGGAUAACCAAGGAGAAAGUCGAAGAGGUCAUUGAGAGUUACAAGAGGAUGAACUGGUGGCCGUAAAAGACCCCCUUUAUCGACCACUUCAACCUCAACAUCUCGCAAACGGCCAUCAUCGCUUGCCACGACCAUUCUCACGACCC